GUCAGUAGGUUGUGAGUUCGAUCCGAGGUAGACGCAGAUAUUUCUCUUUCUGGGCACACUGAGAAUAUAUCUGCUGAACAAAACUCCGCAUUGGCAACAAGGAAGGGCAUCCGGCCAGUAAACACUCAGCUCCAUUCAGUUGCCCAGACUCUACCCCAGAAGGGAUUAUGGGAUCGUUCAAAGAAGAUGUUGAUGAUAUAUAAUAUAUAUACGUGUGUGUGUGUGUGUGUGUGUAUAUAUAUAUAUAUAUAUAUGAAUGAAUGACAUGGCUCAGUGGCUAAGACGCUAAACUUGUCAAUCGAAAGGCCAGCAGUUCAGUGGUUCGAAUCCCUAGCACCGUGUAACGGGGUGAGCUCCCGUGACUUGUCCCAGCUUCUGCCAACCUAGCAGUUUGAAAACAGGUAAAAAAUGUAAGUAGAAAAAAUAGGGACCACCUUUGUUGCGAAGGUAACAGUGUUCUGUGCCCCUUUGGUGUUGAGUCAUGCCGGCCACAGGACCACGGACAGCGCUGGCUCUAAACAAAUUGCUUUAAGUUGAGGACUGCCUGCACAUAACAGCAGGAUACUUGGCCAAUUAGCAAUACAGUCAGGAAACGGGGCCCAGUGUAUACCCAGUGUAUGAUGUAAUGCAAUUAUUAAAAAAUUACUCAUUCAUUAAAAGAGUUCAUUACUAUUAUUCUAUUGCUCACAUAGACAUCACUUUGCUAUUGUGGUAUCAUUGCUUCUCAUUCAUUCAUCGAGAGGGAAGGGGUCUGGGAGGCCAUCAAGUCUAACCCCUGUUCAGGGCAGGUUUUCAAAUUAAUCCGCAGGGAAGGUGUACGGACUUCAACUCCCAGAAUUCUCUGGCCAGCAUUCUUUAAGAUGGGUGGACUUCAACUCCCAGAAUUCUCUGGCCAGCAUUCUUUAAGAUGGGUGGACUUCAACUCCCAGAAUUCUCUGGCCAGCAAUUUUUAAGAUGGGUGGACUUCAACUCCCAGAAUUCUCUGGCCAGCAUUCUUUAAGAUGGGUGGACUUCAACUCCCAGAAUUCUCCGGCCAGCAAUUUUUAAGAUGGGUGGACUUCAACUCCCAGAAUUCUCAGGCUGGUUGGGGAAUUCUGGGAGCUGUCAUCCACACUUCUUAAAAAGUUUUUAAAAAACACUUUAAUUCCUUUUUUUUCCCUAAGAGGAUGUUGGAUAUUUUUUUUUCUUUUAUUUAGUUAAAAAUGCAGAUGGGGAACAGAGAGACGGUACAGCCCUCCUUUUUUUUUUUUAAUUAGGCAAAAUCUAAAAGUGGUUGCAAAAAAGAAAAGAAAGGAAAAGGAAAGGAAAGGAAAGGAAAGGAGAGGAGAGGAGAGGAGAGGAAAGGAAAGGAAAGGAAAGGAAAGGAAAGGAAAGGAAAGGAAAGGAAAGGAAAGGAAAAGAAAAGAAAAGAAAAGAAAAGAAAAGAAAAGAAAAGAAAAGAAAAGAAAAGAAAAGAAAAGAAAAGAAAAGAAAACGUGCAUUUAUUCGUCCAUUCAUUCAUUCCUGCCUUCAAAAGAGAAAGGGCGGAAGCAGCUUCAGCUGGCUGCUACGGACAGCCUCGAGGGACAUUAUGCCAGCCCGCGCGCUUUGCCAGUGGCGGUUGCCAAGGGCAACGAAGCCGACGCCAUCUCCUCCGGGCCCCGCCUUCCUUCCAAAGCAGUUGGCAUUGAGAGCAGGGCAGGAUAAAGACUGCGGGGCGGGGGGUGGUCUCCAAAUUGGGGCGGGGGGCGCGGCUGGAAAAUGCCUGCCUGUUCUUUAAUGGAAGCCCCCCACCCCAGGCCUUGGGCUUAGCUGGAGCCUUAUCAUGCCCAGGGGAAGUUAGGAAGAAGAGGAGGCAUUUAUAAAGGGGAGGGGGCAGCCCCCCCCCAAGUUGGGGGUCGUUGGGCUUGAGUGGGUUUGGAGUUCAGUGGGAGCUCAGGCAGGAGGCCUCGGCUCAGCCAUGAGACCUUUGGGGUUGUUAGUUUCCUAGUGGGGCUGUAAAGGACCUCUUAGGGACUAGCAUCCUGAAAAUAAAAUUUAAAAAAAAAUUGGGGAGAGGAGCAAAAAGCCUUAGUUCCAAGCCCAUAGUAAGCUUGAAAGUUGGGGGGAAAUGGGGAAGAUGGGGGUAGUGGGAGGGCUGCAGGUCUGGCUGUGAAAACGGGCAGGGUAGGAAGGCAGAGUACUCUUAGGGACUAGGAACUUGGUAGGAGGAAGGAGAAAGAAAAGGAAGUGGGGAGUGGGAGAGAGAGAGAGAUAGCUAGGCACAGUGGCCUGGAUGGAUGUCGCAGGCUUGGAAAUACAGUCGUAGUAAGGGAAUUCAGGCAGCUGGGUCCACAUUAGAUCCAAACUGGGUUUAGAAUAGAUCUCGGUGGGGUGUCUCUCGUCACGGCUUGUUGGAAAACCUGGUUUUAAUUUCUGGGGUUUUGCAGAGCCCCAAAGGCAAGGUUUGCGGGGGCGGGGGGAGCGCGUUAAGCUUGCUUUGUCUCAAGGGUUAGCAGUCCCUCUGUCUUGGGGUUAGCAGCUUUGCUUCUUCCCCCUGGCGGUGGGGGGCAAUUAGGAAUCCUGGCUUGGAUGCCGCCAACGGCCCAACAUGCUUGGAGCAAUUGUGGUUUGCUUUGAUGGAAGGGAAAACCCCUGAUUGUCCAAGACAGUGAAUCCAAAGAGAGUAUUUGCGUGUAGAUUAGUUUUUUUUAACAAGGGUUUGACUCAAGAAAUCGAUUAUUGAUCGAUUGAUGACUUGAGUUUCUGAUUGGAACUUGGCCCGGAGCAACCAGGGGCAGGAUGCCCCUAAACCCCAAAAUCGAUCCUCGCUACUUCGUGCUGAUCAAGCCACUGCCCAUCCCUCCCCAGAAAGGUUUAAAGAUCCAGGCGCGAAGCAAAACCAGCUACAACUGCUGGGAUGUCCCGAGAGAACAAGUAUUUCGAGAGAGCUAUCAUCGGAGAGCCAAACAACUCUCGCAACAGGGGUAUUUUACCCCCUGCUGGAAACCCUAUCAGGAUUUCGGAGAUCCCCUUUACCUUGAUCCCAGGAAACUGACACUCCACGGUCUGGGGCAGCUACCUCCGGAUCUCUGCAAAGAAGAUUUUGCUGUGGAAGAAUUAGCCGAACCGGUAGAAACCGAGCUUUCCAAAAAGUCGAAAGCAAAGCUCCUGGAACCCGAGAAGAAACUUCUGCCUAUUCGACAUAUAGAGAAAGAUUUGAGGACCCUCCCUAGAGACCUCGCCCAGAUGAGGCAUCUGAUCAACUCGGUGAAGAUCGGGCGGGGCUAUUUCCAUAGCCUUCGCCGAGAAUCCAUCAAGAGGAGGAACGUAUCCAGCCUGGAAGAACGGAAGGAGCAACAGAGGAGAAGAACGGAGUUUCAGCCCCCUCGCUACUCAUCGUCAUCUUCAGAGGAAGACUCCGAAUCCGAGCCCGAGUUCUUUUUAACAGGAGGUUUCUUGGUGAGCGAGACAGAAAAGAAGAAGAAGAAGAAAAUGGCCCGGCCUUUCACCCCCAUCCAUAAUGGCCUGCUGUCACAAAAGCAUCCAGACGCGCAUUUCGACUCCAUCUUCCGCCAGCUCUGCGCCCUCAACUGGCUCCUGGAAGCUUUGACGCUGGAGCCCAGCAGUAGCAUGAAGCCACUGAUCUCCUGCUGGAACCCCAAGGACUACGGCGGCGGGAAAAGUUGCAUGAAAACGAUCAAUAAAGAGAAGGCGGUGAAGAACCGGUGGGAGCAUUUUCUUCAGCACGCAAAGGGCAGAAGAUACACCCAGAAGCAGAUUCGUGGCCCGUCCAGCAAAAAGUCACCCAAAAUGACAGGGAGCAUGUCCAAGAUCAGUGGAUUGUCCUCGCCGCAUAGCAAAACCACUUUAGCUAGCACCAGUUCCUUGACUCCCGGCUCCGACGAAGUCGCCCAACCUACCUCUGACAGCGCCAAGGAGGUAGAAGAGAUGGAGUCCAGCUACAGCAAGCAGACCAAGGAGACCAGCGCCAAGGAGGAAGAGGAACCUCUGAGCUACUACCUGCAGACCUUACUUCGGAUGAUACACGAAGACGUGGCUAAGAAUUUUAGCAAGGAGAACAUGUUUUGGAGUACAAAACCACAUUAUCUAGAAAUGUACGACAGCGAAAUAUCGUUUGGACAACGAGCCAAGAGCUCAGCGACCUCUUCGAAGGACGAUAAAACCAGCACAGGAAUUCACAAAGAAGGAAGCGGAGUGGAGGCCAAGAGAAAGAGUUCGUUGGCCGUGACCGUCCGAGAAGACAAAACUACGACCGCAACAUUUAUGGAAGAUGACAAAACAACCGAGCUUUGCAGCCCUGAAAGCUCUUUCAUUAGAAGGAAGCAGCAACUGUGCCACGAGAUGAGAGAAUUGUUUUUUGACGUGUCCCAAGAAAACGCCUUCCGGCUGCACGAUCAACUCGACAUCCUGGAGAGGAGACGAGAGGAGAAAAACAUCCAGAAAUUCCUGUGUCUGAACUAUCUGACCCGCUUCCGGAAAGAUCUCGAGCGAAUGAAACAGUCCGUGGUGGGCAAAGAACCCGAACAGGAUGCAGAAUCGGAAAACUGGUUUUCUACUUUGCUGGAAAGGAUUCCCGAUGACAUCAGGAGAGACCACCGUACCCAGAAAGUCCUCAAAAAGCUGGAAAGGUUUGCCAGGAAUCCGGACUUACGCAUCCGGCCUCCCACUUUUUUGAAAGUCUUGGGAGAACUUCGGAUCUGGGAAAUUUGCUCUCCGGACAUCUGCGCAGCUGUGGAGUUCCUGCGCGAAUAUAUUGUGGAUAUGCCCGAAGACGACUACAGGCAGUGGUUGCAAGCUCGGGUGCCAUUCCCCAAACGCGUGCACAGCGCCCCGCCUCUGUGACCCGGACGCUCCCGACUCCAAACAGGAGAGCUCCUUUGUGGAAGAAGAAAGGGUCGUUGUGAUGGUGGGGGAUAAUCCCCGAGAGAUCACAUUCUGGCGGAUGCCAAAAAGGAUCCAACCGGAAGACUUGGGAAAAAUGCUCAUUCUCAAAAGUGUGUUUGGAUCCUUUUUUUUGGUUGCAGGUUCAAACACAAAGAGAAUUGAUCAGCCCAAGCCAUCUUCCCCUUAGAAGAUUUUGUUAUUCUGCUUUUUUGUUGUUGUUGUUGUCGCGUUGAAUUUAACGUUUAUGUCAGGGGAGUGGGACUGUUACAAAGAGAGUUGGCCCAGAUCUGGUCCGUGGGACAGCAGAUCCUUUUCCUUACGUGAUCAGCUGCUUCUACUGAACAAAGCAGAACUUAGGUUUCAUCGGUUCCCACGCUUUUACUUGUUGUGGUUGUUUCUGGUUCUGUAUUUAACUUGAAUGGAUUAAAAAAAAAUAUCCCUAUUUAAGCAUUGCACAGUCUCUCCGAGCCUUAUUUAUUUUUGCCAGCUGCAAAACAAAUCUAGCAACGUUGUGCAAAAAACACACCCCAAAUCUGUUCGAGUCCCCGAGGAUCACGGUAAUCUGGGGAAACAACUCAAGUUAACCCUGUUGUGUGAAUGUU